UCGAUUUGAUUGUAAUCUUAUCCUACAACAUGGGAAAGGAUUCUUCUAACAUGAAUCUUGAAAUGGUUUUGAGCAUGAAAGGUGGAAAAGGAGAAGAUAGUUAUCAUAACAACUCUCAAGCCCAGGGACAACACGCUAAAAUGAUGCUCCACCUUUUGAGCGAAGCUCUCGACGGCGCGCGGCUGAGCUCAGCGGAGGCUGGUUUUGCGGUGGCGGACCUCGGGUGCUCGAGCGGCAGCAACACCGUAGAUAUGGUGGAGUUCAUAAUCAAGCGCAUGGCCGAUCGUUACAAAGCGGUGGGGAGCGAGCCGCCGGAGUUCUCGGCCUUCUUCUGCGACCUCCCGUCCAACGACUUCAACACUCUCUUUCAGCUCCUUCCGCCGCACGGCCACACGUCUUACUUCGCCGCCGCCGUGGCCGGCUCGUUCCACCGGAGGCUUUUUCUGGCGAAGCAUAUUGACUUUUUCUACUCUGCCUUCUCUUUGCAUUGGCUAUCUCAGAUACCUGAGGAGGUGGUGGACAAGAAAUCAAUGGCAUACAACGAAGGAAGAAUAUUCAUACAUGGUGCAAAAGAGAGCACCGUAAAUGCCUUCAAAAAACAGUUUGAACGUGAUUUAGGUGCCUUCUUGUGUUCAAGAUCCAAAGAAUUGAAGUCUGGAGGAUCAAUGUUCCUCGUUUUCCUGGGCCGGACUAGCUCCGACCCGACCGACCAGGGCGGGGCGGGUAUUCUCUUCGGCACGCAUUUCCAAGAUGCUUGGGAUGAUCUUGUCCGCCAGGGUGUAAUUGCAAGUGAAAAACGUGACAAUUUCAACAUCCCAAUCUACGCGGCGAGCCUAGAGGAGUUCAAGGAGGUGGUGGAAGCCGACGGCUCUUUCGUUAUCAACAAGCUGCAGGUUUUCAAAGGUGGGAGCCCUCUCGUCGUCAACCGCUGCAACGACGCAGCUGAGAUCGGCCGCGCCUUAGCCACCUCGUGCAGGAGCGUCAGCGGCGUCCUUGUUGACGCGCACAUCGGCGAUCAGCUCAGCGAUCAGCUCUUCUCGCGCGUGGCCAACCGAGCCAUGGCUCGGGCCGAUGAGCUACUUCACCAGCUUCAGUUCUUUCAUAUAGUUGCUUCCCUUUCCUUGGCUUAGAAGUUGAAUACAUUUAUGAGAGAGUAGUUACAAUCAAUC